AUCGCUGUAGUGUCCAAAACGUCUCGUCAUAGAUUGGUCACACAUUAAUUCGACUGCAAGACAAAACUGCAAACUCUAUUUUUUUUUUCCCCGUCCCUCGUUUGCCCUGUCCUCUCUGUGUCUUAUAACAUUCGUUUCGAAAACGUUGGCCGAGCAAGACACGCACCUCAUGUGCUGCUCCUCUUCAAGCGCAGUGUUUGGCUGUGUCAUCUUACAAGUGUUGGCGGAUAACUACCUAAUCACCCGUAGGAUAAAGUUCGGCUUCCGUUGAGGAAAGCAAGUGCAACACAGGAUUUUGCUUGUUUUUAACGCUAGCGUUGCUCUAGUUUUGCCACCGAUUUUUGCACCAUGGGAGCUGCAACGAUCUGCGGAACAAAUCGCCAUCAUGUGGCUCUCGGAUGGGUUCGCCACGAUGAAGCCUUAACGAAAAUGGCAGCUGCCUGUUGGGCGCGUGACCGUUUCACUGAUGUCAUUAUCUUCUGCGAGGAUCGUGUUUUGCAUGCUCAUCGACUUGUUUUGGCGAGCAUGAGCCCAUUGCUGGCCAACUUGCUGGCUGAAGCCGAAGGCCAAGACACAACUCUGCUGCUCCCAGAAGUCAAAGCAGAAGACAUGAGACUCCUGCUGCAAUUCAUCUACCAGGGUGAGGUCGUCCUUCCGCCGAGACGGACUGCAGCUCUACUGGAUUUGGCUGCUCAGCUGUGCGUAGCCGGAGUACGUGGAGGGAAUGGUCCUACCCCUCCGUCGCCACCGCGCUCCGACUCGCCCGAGUUGGAUUCCAGCGAUCGAAAUGAAUCUGACCAUGUGUCCGAAGACGAACAUCCUGACGAAUCCCGGAAAGAUUUAUUCAACACUUGUCAUAGGGAUGCCGAGGUCGGUCCAACAGCGUUCUCAGAAAAUAAUUCCAUCGCCGAUGAAAACCUUCCUCGAGGAGAGACUGCUAAAGAUGACUCCACUGAUGAAUCCAACGAUAGACCAAUGAAUCUUGCAGCUAAACCUGAGACCAAACAAUCGAUCUGCCAAUUACAGACCAAAACCGAAAACGUCAACUGUACUCGUCCCAAGCCUUGCAACUCCAGUCCACCUGAUUUCAGCGCCUUCUCAAAUCACUCCAUUACGGCUCGUAGUCCACUUGUUACCAGACUUUCUGAUUCUCGCGCGUCGACCAUGAGUUAUUACCAACACCCAGCCCUUCGAGGAUGUCAUCCGUUUUCUCUAGAACUGGCCAUCAACCAUAAUCGCAAUCUCAGUAGUCGCAUUGCCGAUGCAAACCAAUACAACCGACAAAACAACUCGGGAAAAUCGUAUAGCUCAGCAAAUUCAGAUGUGGAAAUGGCUAUUGACACAUUAGACGACCGAGAUCGUGAAAUUGAUCUAAGCCUCAAGCCGGAUUCGAACCACACCAGAUCCAGAUCAAGUCUCGAAGAAGAAAAGAUCUCUCCGUCUCCGGAACACGACAAUAGUUUUGAAAGCAGUGAGUCCGUCGAGCCACACCAAGGCAGGGAAGGUCUUUUGUUACAACAAGGCGGUGCACCAUCGGGAGUGUCCGACAUGCGGAUGAAUCUUGCGGACAAAAUGCUUCUCCUACCGGCCAUUGGAUCUGGAACCGGAACAAACCCAGAUCCUCGGCGCACUUAUCUGGAAGCCGUUCUUCAAGAAAGCCUUGUUCAGCAGAGUUACACAAUAGUUUUGCCAUCUCACCUGGGCGUACCAAAUGCCUUGGCGAGUUCUGAACGCCCUGGAACUCAAACACAUCCCCCGUCCCACGGAGGUGCCACUCUAGACAACAAAUCGUGGAACUUAGCUGGGAAACACAGCGCAGCAGCGGCUGUUGCUGAGCUUCAAUGCCUCCAAGGCUUUUUCAAUUCACAUGGAGGAUUGAAUAUGGGUAACCACAAUGAUGCAAGCUUUAACCGCAAUUCAAUUGGUGUGCGCUGUGAGGACGAUGAAGAAGAUGAGGACGACGACGAAGAUAUGCCAACCAAUUUGAGCACCAGCAAAAAUGGCAACUGCAGCAGUUCAAAUAGCAUGAGCUCCAAACGUAAUGGUAAGGAGGGUUACAGCUGUCAAGUGUGUCGUAAAAUGUUCACCUCAUCUAGCAAUUUAGCUGUCCAUUCUAUGAUUCAUUCUGGAACGAAACCUUUCAAGUGCGACCUGUGUUCCUGGUCCUUCCGUCAGAAGGCCCAUUUACAGAAACACAUGCGUCACAUUCACAAGAUCAUAGUCGCCAAAUGACGGAAUGACGUUGCAACAAAUGACAAAACACAAACAAUGGAGCUUGGACGAUUACAAUCGGCCAACUCUGUUAGAACUGGUCUCACGCAACGAUAGAUCUGCGGCAAAUUCCUCUUUUCCCGAAUGAAAGCACUUUCAAAUGGCUGUAUAUACUCGUUCUACAUAAACUGUAUAGCUGUUCUUUCGCCGAGGUUCAUCUAGCUUACGGUCUCCAACAAAAGUGAAAUGUGCUUUGUACAUAGCGGCGGAGUGUUUUUGGUUUGGGGACAUCAACGUAGAAUAUUAAUGUCGUGCUUUUUAAAUAACCCCAUUCAGGGUUUGGUAAUGCCUUCCAGUGUUGUUUCUAAACUAGUUUGUUCAGUUUAAUCUUGACCUCACUCCCAAAGGUUUUAGGUUAUGGAGCUAAAUUAGAUUCGCUGUCUCAGAAAAAGUUGAUACGUCUUUUUGUUUAAUUUUUUUUUUAUUAUUAUGUUGACUUCGUUCAAUGUUCCUCCAACUACGCAUUCUUAUGUUUUCAUUUAAAAAAAAAAAAAAUAAAUAAAUAAAA